GUUCUCUGCAUUGGUCCCACUGGCACAGGAAAGACUCUCACAAUUACAGACAAGCUUUUGAAGAACUUGCCUCUCAGAUACAUCACGCACUUCCUGAUGUUUUCAGCACGCACCUCCGCUAACCAAACCCAGGAUCUCAUUGACAGCAAACUGGAUAAGAGGCGGAAAGGUGUGUUCGGGCCUCCAGUUGGGCGGUACUUUAUCUUUUUUAUUGAUGACUUGAACAUGCCCAUAUUGGAGAAAUAUGGUGCUCAGCCACCCAUUGAGCUGCUGCGGCAGUGGAUGGACCACCAGGGCUGGUACGACAGGAAACAGAUUGGUACUUUUAAGAAGCUGGUAGAUAUUAAUUUUGUCUGUGCCAUGGGACCUCCCGGAGGGGGAAGAAAUGCUGUCACUCCACGCUUCACUCGCCAUUUCAACUACCUCUCCUUCACUGAGAUGGAAGAGAGCAGCAAGAAGACUAUCUUCUCCACCAUCCUUGGCAGCUGGAUGGCUGGUCUCCUAGGAGAAAGAAGUUACAAAGACCCAGUGCCAGGAGCACUUGCAGUCAAAGACUUGAAUGAACCCUUGGUUGAUGCCACUCUCCGCGUGUAUUUGACCGUCACAUCCCAGCUGCUGCCCACACCGGCAAAGUCACAUUACACCUUCAACCUGAGAGAUCUCUCCAAGGUGUUCCAGGGCAUGCUCAUGGCUGAGCCCAGCAAGAUUGAGAACAAACUGCAUCUGCUGAGACUGUGGUACCACGAGAGCUGCCGGGUCUUCUGUGAUCGCCUGGUCAGCAAGGAGGACCAGACCUGGUUUGACAACCUGAUGAAGAGUAUGAUGGAGGAGUUAGGCACCACUUUUGAGGAGGUCAUCCCCUCCCAGCCAGUUCUGUUUGGGGACUUCAUGGAGCCAGGUGCCCAUAUCAAACAGUACAAAGCAAUUGACAGCCAGGAAGAGCUGAAGGUUGUGAUUGAGGAUUACUUGGAGGAGUACAAUCAAAUCAACACCCCAGAGCUGAAGCUUGUGCUGUUCAUGGAUGCAAUACAGCACAUCUGCCAAAUCAGCCGGAUCCUGCGGCAGGCUCCGGGGAAUGCUCUUCUCCUGGGUGUUGGGGGAAGUGGGAGACAGUCUCUCACCAGACUGGCAUCUCACAUGGCAGAUUAUGAGUGUUUCCAGAUCGAACUGUCCAAAAAUUAUGGCAUGACUGAAUGGCGAGAUGACAUGAAGAAGAUGAUGAUGAAGGCAGGCCUUCAAAGUCUACCCAAGACAUUCCUAUUCGUAGACACACAGAUUAAAAAUGAAUCCUUCCUUGAAGACAUCAACAACCUGCUCAACUCAGGUGACAUUCCCAACAUUUAUAACCCCGAGGACCAACAACAGAUCAUGACAGCUAUGAAGCCCAUUGUUCGAGAUCUAGGGCAGCAGCCUACCAAGGCAAAUUUGAUGGCUGCAUACACAGGACGAGUUCGCAGCAAUAUCCACGUGGUCCUGUGCAUGAGCCCUAUUGGAGAAGUCUUCCGCGCACGCUUGAGACAGUUCCCCUCUCUUGUGAACUGCUGUACCAUCAACUGGUUUAAUGAGUGGCCUGCUGAAGCCCUCCAGUGUGUUGCCUCCUCCUUCUUGCAUGAGAUCCCACAUCUUGGUGCCAGUGCUGAAAAUAUCAAUGGGAUGAUUCAAGUAUGUGUAGAAAUCCAUCAGAGCGUGACAAAGAAGUGCCAAGUGUACCUAGCAGAGCUAGCUAGACACAAUUAUGUCACUCCCAAGAGCUACCUAGAGUUCCUCAGCAUCUUCAGUUCCCUGAUUGGAAAGAAGAAACAGGAACUGAAGACAGCCAAGAACAGGAUGAAAAGUGGCCUGGAUAAGCUCCUGCAAACAGCAGAGGAUGUAGCGAGGAUGCAGGAGGAGCUGGAGUCUGCCCGCCCUCUCCUGGCACAGGCAGCCAAGGACACACUGGCAACCAUGGAGCAACUGCAGAUAGACACAGCUGUGGCUGAAGAGACAAGAAGUGCUGUGCUGGCUGAGGAGAUGAAGGCCAAAGUAAAAGCUCAGACAGCCCAAGCCAUUGCAGAUGAUGCUCAGAAGGACUUAGCUGAAGCCCUCCCAGGACUGGACGCAGCUCUUGCCAGCCUGAGGAACCUCAACAAAAGUGAUGUUACAGAGGUACGAGCAAUGCAGCGGCCUCCCCUUGGUGUGAAGAUGGUGAUUGAAGCUGUCUGCAUUAUGAAAGGAAUCAAGCCCAAAAAGGUGGCAGGAGAAAAACUAGGCUUCAAGGUGGAUGACUACUGGGAGCCAGGCAGGGGCCUUCUGCAGGACCCAGGGAAGUUCCUGGACAGUCUGUUUAAGUACGAUAAGGACAAUAUUUCAGACACUGUGAUCAGGGCCAUCCAACCCUACAUUGACAGUGAGGAGUUUCAGCCAGCUGCCAUUGCCAAGGUCUCCAAAGCUUGCACCUCUAUCUGCCAGUGGGUGCGUGCCAUGCACAAGUACCACUUUGUGGCCAAGGUUGUGGAGCCCAAGCGGCAAGCUUGGCAGGAGGCAGAAGAGGACCUGCAUGCCACUCAGCAGGUCCUUGAGGAAGCUAAGGAUCACCUGAAGGAGGUUGAAGGUGGUAUUGCCAUGCUGCAAGCAAAGUACAAAAUCUGCAUGGCCAAGAAGGAAGAGCUGGAGAUUAAGUGUGAGCAGUGUCAGCAGAGACUGGGCCGUGCCGAUAUGCUCAUAAACAGCCUGGCUGAUGAGAAGGUGCGCUGGCAGGAUGCUGUAGAGAACCUGGAUUACAAGAUCAGCAACAUCACUGGGGACAUGCUGAUUGCAGCUGGCUUUGUGGCCUACCUGGGCCCUUUUACAGGACACUACCGCAUAGCACUGUGCAAGGAGUGGCUGAGGCAGCUGUCAGAAAACAAUAUUCCUCACACCAAGGAGCCAAACCUGAUCAGCACCCUUGGAGACCCCAUGGAAAUCCGCUCCUGGCAGAUUGCUGGUUUACCCAACGACACCCUGUCCGUGGAGAAUGGAGUAAUAACACAAUUCUCCCAGCGCUGGACUCACUACAUAGAUCCCCAAGGACAAGCAAACAAGUGGAUCAAGAAUCUGGAGAAGGUGAACAGCCUGGAGGUGGCCAAGCUGAGCGACCGGGACUUCCUCAGCAGUUUGGAAAAUGCCAUUACCUUUGGGAAGCCCUUCCUGCUGGAGAAUGUCGGCGAGGAGCUAGAUCCGGCCCUCGNUCCGGUACAGACCUACAAACAGCAAGGCAAUGCUGUGCUGAAGCUGGGGGAUACGGUGAUCCCCUACCAUGAGGAUUUCAAGAUGUACAUCACCACCAACCUGUCCAACCCUCACUACAGCCCCGAGGUCUCCACGAAGCUCACCCUCAUCAACUUCACCCUGUCACCCAGUGGCUUGGAAGACCAACUGUUGGGAGAAGUGGUGGCUGCAGAGCGACCUGACUUAGAAGAAGCUAGAAACCAGCUAACUGUUAGCAAUGCCAAGAUGCAUCAGGAGCUGAAGGAUAUAGAAGACCAGAUUCUGUAUCAGCUCAGCACUUCUGAAGGAAACCCUGUAGAUGACUUAGAGCUCAUCAAAGUGCUGAAGGCAUCCAAGCUCAAGGCAGGAGAGAUUCAGGCCAAAGUAAUGGUGGCAGAGCAGACAGAGAAGGACAUCAACAUUACUCGCCUGCAGUAUGUGCCCGUGGCUGUCCGCUCACAGAUCCUCUACUUCUGUGUCUCAGACUUGUCCAAUGUGGACCCAAUGUACCAGUACUCACUUGAGUGGUUCCUCAACAUCUUCCUAAUGGGGAUCAGUAACUCCGAGAGAGCAGACACUCUGAAGGACCGGAUCGUGAACAUCAACAACUACAUCACCUUCAGUCUCUACAGCAAUGUGUGCCGUAGCCUCUUUGAGAAGCACAAGCUCAUGUUUGCCUUCCUGGUUUGUGUCCGGAUUCUGAUGAAUGAUGGGAAGAUCGAUAUGGAUGAGUGGCAGUACCUGCUGUCAGGAGGGACCAUAAAGGAGUUGAGGGAGAACCCAGCUCCAUCCUGGCUGUACGAGAGAGCAUGGGGAGACAUCCUGGCCUUGAGCAGCCUGAAGAACUUCUCCGGCUUUGCCAAUGAUUUUGCAGCCAACCUUGUAGCGUUCAGGGCCAUUUUUGACAGCCCCAAACCUCACAGAGAGCCCCUGCCUGGGAAGUGGGAAGCCGAGCUUGAUGCCUUCCAGAAGCUGCUCGUUCUGCGGUGUCUGCGGGGAGAUAAGAUGACCAACGCCAUGCAGGACUUUGUGGCACUGAACCUGGAUCAGCACUUCAUUGAGCCGCAGACCACUGACCUCUCAGUCAUCUUCAGGGAGUCCACUGCCACCACCCCCUUGGUGUUUGUGCUGUCCCCAGGCACUGACCCCGCUGCCAGCCUCUACAAGUUUGCUGAAGAAAUGAAGUUCUCCCAAAAGCUCUUUGCCAUUUCUCUGGGCCAAGGCCAGGGCCCCCGUGCUGAAGCCAUGAUGCACAGUGCUAUGGAGCAGGGCAACUGGGUCUUCUUCCAGAACUGCCACCUGGCCCCCAGCUGGAUGCCUUCACUGGAGAGACUCGUCGAGGGCAUUGACCGCAGCAAGGUGCAUCAGGACUUUCGCCUCUGGCUCACCAGUCUACCGAGCAACCACUUCCCUGUGUCCAUCCUCCAGAAUGGCUCCAAGAUGACCAUCGAGCCCCCCCAUGGGGUCAGGGCCAACCUGCUCAAGUCCUACAUCAGUUUCAGUGAUGAAUUCUUGAAUUCUUGCCCCAAGGUCACAGAGUUUAAAUCCUUGUUGCUGUCACUUUGCUUCUUCCAUGGCAACAUGCUGGAGAGGAGAAAGUUUGGACCUCUGGGGUUCAACAUCCCCUAUGAGUUCACAGAUGGAGACCUCCACAUCUGCAUCAGCCAGCUACAAAUGUUCCUGAGUGAAUACACAGACAUCCCAUACAAGGUUCUGAAGUACACAGCUGGGGAGAUCAACUACGGCGGCCGUGUGUCUGACGACUGGGACAGGCGCUGCAUUGUGAGUGUUUUGGAAGAUUUCUACAGGCCUGAGGUUUUAAUUCCUGAGUUUGCCUAUUCCCAAUCGGGGAUCUACAAGCAGAUCAGUCCCUCUUCUGACCUCAACGGCUAUCUCCAGUACAUCAAGAGCCUGCCGCUCAACGACAGCCCGGAGCUCUUUGGUUUACAUGACAAUGCCAACAUCACCUUCACUCAAAAGGAGACCUUUGCUCUGUUGGGGGCCAUUAUACAGCUGCAACCCAAGACUUUCACACUGGGAGGCCAUAGCAGGGAAGAGCUCGUGGAGGAGACCUCCAAGGACAUCCUGGCAAAGCUGCCUGCCCCCAUGAACCUGCAGGAGGUGAUCCACAAAUACCCGCUGCUCUACGAAGAGUCCAUGAACACAGUGCUGGUACAGGAGGUGAUCAGGUACAACAGGCUCCUGGAGGUGAUUGCUCAGACACUGAAGGAUUUGCUGAAAGCUCUCAAGGGCCUGGUCGUGAUGUCCUCUCAGCUGGAGCUGAUGGCCAGUAGCUUGUACAACAGCACUGUCCCUGAGGUGUGGAAUGCUAAGGCCUACCCGUCGCUGAAGCCCUUGGCAUCCUGGGUGAACGACUUGGUGCAGCGGAUUGGAUUCCUGCAGAAAUGGAUCAGCCACGGGAUCCCCUCUGUCUUCUGGAUCAGCGGGUUUUUCUUCCCCCAGGCCUUCCUCACCGGGACACUGCAGAACUUUGCCAGGAAGUCUGUCAUCUCCAUUGACACCAUCUCGUUUAGCUUCAAGGUGAUGAAGGAGUCGGUGAGCGAGCUCACUCACCACCCCAACGAAGGCUGCUACAUCCAUGGCUUGUUUCUUGAAGGCGCCCGCUGGGACCCUGCUGCAUUUCAGCUAGCGGAGUCACGCCCCAAGGAGCUUUACACAGAGAUGGCCGUCAUCUGGCUGCUUCCUGUCCCCAACCGCAAGCCUCCAGCCACCGGCACCUACCUGUGCCCAAUCUAUAAGACUCUCACUCGUGCAGGCACGCUGUCCACAACUGGCCACUCCACCAACUACGUGAUUGCUGUGGAGAUCCCUACAGACAAGCCGCAGCAGCACUGGAUCAAACGGGGCACAGCCUUGAUCUGUGCCCUGGACUUCUAG